AUGUGGUUACGAAGCCACGCCCAGAUCUUCAUGUCCUCCGGGUCACUCGGUCAGCUGGUGCUCAUCACACACGGUGACCUGCCGGUGAUAAAGGCGGAGUGUCGCUCUCUGGUGGUGGGAGCAGAGAAUGCGGAUUGGUUUCCUUUCUCCCAAAGCUCAGGGUUGAAGAUGAAGAGGAGCCGGGAUGUGGUGGAGGGGCUGGUGGUCUCUUUGCCGCAUGUUCUGGGCUCUGUGUGUUCCCGGAAGGCCCAGGGCCUCUUCCAGCACUUGAUGCCAGCAGGGCGGCACUGGAGAGGGAAGCUGGUGACAGGCCCAGAUCUGGCAGCCAGUGAGUACGCCCAGGCUGCAGUCAGCGCGGUGCUGGUCCCGGUCCUGGACGGGGUGGUCUCGCUAUGUUUGGAGGACCAGGUGGCGGCACUGUGCGUGGCUGUUGGCGUGUUUAUGGAAGCCUGGAUGGGACAUAUCCUGCGGGAGAAGAUCAAGUUCAGUUUGCAGGGGACUCUCCAGCUCAGACGUGACUUUGAGAGUGUGCGGGAUGUGCUGCGGUCUCGGGAGUCCAUGUUGUCUCCGGAUGUGGUCCAGGCCGCUCUGGCUCUCCCAGUCUUCGCUCAGGCUGACAACGCCAUCGUGUGUCUCUUGCAGCAACCGACUCGCAAGACAUACCUUCAGUCUGGGAGCUGCGUGUUCUUCCCGUGUUGUCCUCCUCUGUGCCGGGUGGCCGUGGACAGCAUGUCGGACAGUCUGCAGAGUCUGGACAGCCUAGAGAGGAGAGUGUGGGACGGGGACAUCUCCAGAGGCGUACCACGACACAGCCACGAUUCUUAUCUGCCGCACAAUCAGCGCCAGUGGCUUUCCCUACGUGUCCACAAGACCUGGAAUGGACUGAGUCUUCCCUGGGAGGGCCGAGAAGUGUCAGAAGGAUGA